GCGCUGAUUGUACGGCGGUUGCCGAAGAUGGAGUCCGACGCUUCGUCCUCGGGCGGCACCGCGGCUCUCGUUGCCGAGGCUCAGUUUGGUCAGCUUUUCAGAAAACUCUUGAAGAAAGAAGGGAUUUUCAACUCCCUUUAUCGAGUGCAGAAACUUCCUGAUGGGACUAUAGCAUUGCCUAUACUCAGUCAAAACUUCACAGCGCAGCACCUACAGCAGCUGAACGAGAGCAUCCCACAUGGAAAGGCCUGCACUCUGACAUGGAUCCAUAAUCCUAUUCCUUCAAAAGCAGUUAUGGUACGUUCACCUGUUCAGAAACUACACAGUGAGCUACAACACCUCAUGUCAAUCCAUGGUGCUGCAUGGUCAGAAGAGUUAGAGAAAGAUCUGCCACGGUCCUGGCAGAGGCAUGGAGACCUUAUUCUUCUAAGCGAGGAUUGCUUUAGCGCAAAGCAGUGGAGAGAAUUGGGCCAAGAACUUUGGCAGGUGGUUGCUGCUGUUUUGGGGGCCCGGCGUUUAGCCAAACGGGGGCGAGUGCAGUCAGAUUUGUUUCGCUCUUCUGCUGUGACCCUGUUGCUGGGUGAAGAUGGUUGGGUUGAACAGAUGGACAAUGGAAUCAGAUACAGCUUUGAUGUGACCCAGUGCAUGCUGUCUCCAGGAAACAUUACUGAAAAGCUACGGAUAGCCUCUAUGUUAUGCGCAGGAGAAGUAGUGGUGGAUCUUUAUGCUGGGAUUGGCUACUUCACUCUGCCGUACUUAAUUCAUGCUGGUGCUGCCUUGGUCCAUGCUUGUGAGUGGAACCCUCAUGCUGUGGAAGCUCUACGGAGGAACCUGCAUCUGAACGGCGUUGAGGAUCGAUGCCACAUUCACCAGGGGGAUAAUAGAAAGGUGGAACUACAGGGUGUGGCUGACAGAGUAAACCUGGGACUGAUCCCGACAUCGGAGGGAGGCUGGCCAGUCGCUUGCCAGGUCUUGAGAAAGGAUGUGGGAGGGGUCCUUCACCUACACCAAAACGUGGAGACUUUUCCAGGAAAGGCACUUGAGUUGUCCCAGCAACCGGAGCAGAAUCAGUCACCCAAGCAGGGUCCCUCCCAAGCAGUAUCCCGUGGCCAAGAAAAUCAAGUCGCUCUGGAAGACCACGAUGCCCUCCCGAACGUUGGACAAUCAUCCACAACUUCAGCCAAACAAGAAUGGCAGCGCUGGGCCGAAGUCACGGCCACACGGAUCCAGGCUUUGCUUCAGGACCUGGACAAGAAACGGUGGAAAACCCAAAUCUUGCAUAUUGAACAUGUGAAAUCGUACGCCCCUCAUGUAGACCAUCUAGUCUUGGAUCUAGAUUGCCGGCCGCUUGAGUAGCAUAUGGGGAAUGUCUUCUCUCUGGCUCGGGGGAUCUUGGAAGAAGCAGGGAAUGGUAGCACAUUCUGGAUCUUCUUCAUGAGCGGCUUCCCACUUUUUGAAACUGGAAGGUUGGUGGCUGGUAAUGUCGCACAAUCUUGGGAUUUUGCGAAUGCAAUCAGAACUGUGAUGAAUCCUUGAGCCCCGACAGGGACCGAGAACAAAGGUAGGCGAUAGAAGUGAUUUGGACAGCUAGUUGAUGCCUACUGGCUUCUACAAAAUAAGCCAAUCCUUCCAGACUUCUUCCUGAGCUAUACUAUUUGCUGGAGGUUCUACAUCGUAUCGAAUAACUUUUUGCUACUAUAAAUUCACAUGGUUCUUUCCUGCAAUGUCUGCAAAAUCAUGGGAAAGAUUACAAACCACAUCAGCUAAAUCCAGCCAUUCGCACAAAAACAUUUGUCAUUGCCAUUGUUGGCUGAAUAACCCAGAAUAACUGAGUUCAUGCAUUAAAUUAAGCCGCAAACCAUUGCUUCUUGGCUCCCAGGGGUGGCUUCACGCAACAGCUAGAUAAAAGCAAGUCCAUGCUGGUUUAAUUGGCCUCGCGCCAUGAGAUGAGUGGCAUAUAAAUUUGAUACCCAAAUGAGAAGCCAGCCAAUGUGGUUUUUCAGUGAACAAAAAGAGGAAUAGCCAGUGCAAUAACUAACAUGGUUUGAUUCUAAUUCCUUUUGUCAUGUUGUGAACGAGGAAGACAAUUGCAUGGUAAAAACUGACCUUUGGGGCAGUCUUAAUCUGACUUUAUCUCCCUGUGAACACCUAGUUAGGGCGAUGUCUAUGUUUAGUUUAAAGGGUUGUGGUUCUGUUUUUUUUAUCGGAGCUCAGAGCUAAUGCCCAAGGAAAAUGAAAAGUGAGUCAUAUUAGCUAACUUUUUGUUUGCUCUGUAGGUUACCACCUCUGUCACCUUUUCAUACCAGGUUUGAACUAGAGCGCAGUUAGAUUACAAGUCUUCAGCUGCUGAUAUGAAAGAGGACAAUAGUAGGAUAGAAAUACUGAGUGUUACUGAAUGUUUUGAGCAAAAUAUCCAUGUCAUUUGUAGUUGUAACUAUUGAAGUUGGAAGCUACUCUUUUUUUUUUCUUAUUCCUUGCACUUCUGCCCCUUUUUCUCCCAUUUCCUUAACCCACCCAACCAGGUUUUUAUUCAAUUUCUACAGAAGGUAAAAUAUAAUAUACCGGACCAAAGAUAUGCACGAGGAGAAUAAAGCUUCUGUUUGUGUGCUUUCAAGCUAUUUGCAAACCAAUUAUUCCACCUAUUUUAUCUCCUAAUGCAGGGGGUCUUCAAACUUGGCCCUUUUAUGACUUGUGGACUUCAACUCCCAGAAUUCUUCAGCCAGGCAUGCUGGCUGAGGAAUUCUUGGAGUUGAAGUCCUCAAUGAGUGUGGUGUGGAUUGCUAGAGAAUCUCUAAACAUGAUUAUUUUCCCUGCGUUUGGUGAUGGGCUUAUCUUUGCAUUUUGGAGCAGGUCAGCCCUGCUUCCUGUCCUACUCUUUAG